GAUCAAGGAUCCUUGUUAAAAGGAACGUGGUGAUAAACUUAACACUCUUUGAUACCGUCACAGUCGUUAUCAUAAUGAUGGUUGCGUUCACUGGAACCGAUUUGCCUGCUUCAGCUAAAACACUAGUGCGAUCAACGUUACAGUCACCUCCCAACGGAGAUACCGAGGCGAUUUUAUCGUAUUACAAGUCUGCUGCGGUUAAUGGAGCAAUGUCGGAUGUCAGCAGUCUAGCUCCCAGUUCAAGUCCUUCAUCCACCUUUGUUUCUCCAGUUCAUUCUCGUUCGAUCUCGUCGACGUCUAUUGCUACCCAAUCUUCUUCCUCCGCUUACUCUUUUGAGUCCUCAAAGGCGCGUGCGACUGCUCCAAGCGCGUAUAAACCUCCUCAGACACGGCCUGUUUCCCCACUUGGUUUGAAAGGAGGGCUAGCGCGCCGCCCAAGCAUACCAUCCGAGGGUAGCGCAGACAGACGACGCAUUGCUAUCGUUGAGAUGAGCACACAUGUUGGCGAGUACCCGAAGAGUGAUUCCUACGCGAACACUUCUUCAAGCGACUUAUAUCCCCAACGAGGUCGUGAGACCCAGCUACUAGGUGGUCUCGCAUUUGUUGCACCACCGGACGCGUCGCCACAAAUUUUCGGCUUUGCCCAUCCACUCACUUCACCUCUUCAGCCUCCGUCCAUCCAAUCACAGCCCUCUUCGAACACUGCACCCUCUCACGGACGCUCAUCAUCAGAGACGGUCAGAGUAUCUGGACAAGUUACGAAGCACUCUCGGAAGUCAUCGCGCGAGGUGGCUGUCGUAGGCACAAUAUCUCUUUCAAGUAAAUCAUCAGACCAGGGCUACUCAUCUUCUGUCACAGAAGUCCUCAAACCACCCCUAUUUCAAACGCCCCAAUCCCGUUCACCUUCCCCUGGGACACCUGAGACGUCUGAUUCAGGGAGCUCCACUGCACCUCCCAAGAGUAGACAGAGGAAAGACGCGCUCUUCCCUAGUAUAAGCCCAAUUAAGGAGCUGAAAGAAACUGCGUCUCCCCUAGCAAGCCCUAUGCCCGCUCCUGAGGUGACGCCACGCAUAGGAGAGAGCAAGAGCAUUGGUGAUCGUGUGGCCGGUCCUGUCAUCGUCAAUAUCUUGCCCGAAUCGCCUACACCUAUGAUUGGGAAGCACUUUAAGAGCCUAUCCAAUACAUCUACAGCCACACCUGCUACUCCCUACUUGCACUAUCAGCCUGGUCUGCAUGCAAAAGCAGGACCGCUACCUCCUCCUCCCAUGUCUGUCUUUAGUAUUGAUCCCAGUGCGCCGCCUCCACCUAGACCACCUCGACAUCAGCCAUUGAAGAAGAAAAAUGAUAUGGAUGCUGUGAAGCAAGCAUUGGCUCUGCCACCCUCUGUCGCAGCUGCACUCAAAACACGAAUACUUCUCGCGGAGCCCAAGGCAGAGCGUGGAAUGACUACUAGUGCCAAUUCCCCGCCUUUGGAAGCAGUGAAGGAGCUUGCUCCGACUUCGAGUACUAGCCCUUUAGGGAUAGGUCCCUUGCAACCAGUGACCUCCGAAUCCCGAUCAGAGGAGCCAAAGUCUCAGCCCAAUACCUCAGACAAGGAGAAUGAGUCUGAACUUCCCCAGACGCCAGCUCAUAUUCGUGAAGGCGCUUUCCCUCCCUCACGCAUUUGCACCUCAGACACAAAAUCAAACCUUACUGUGUCCCCAGGUCGAACGAUUGUUCCUCUUCCCCGCCAUGAGUCUAUAGAUGACCUUGUUGCUACCAUCGGACACGCAAUUGAUGACAUGGGUAUAAUCCGUUCAUCUGACGUUCCUCCCCCGACCGUUCUUGAGCCCUUACGGCAUAACGAAAAUCGGGGCAACCGAUCUGGUCUCGACAUUCGACGCAUCUCCUUAACACCCACGCCACCACUAGAUGACAAUGAUAGCGUCGAGAGUGAGAGUAAACCUGAAGUGCUUCCGCCCCUGCCGGCGAAGAACGAGCCUCAGCCUUCAGACUUACGAGUUAGAAGUGCGCUCAGUAUCAAGCGGUUUUCGUCUCUUCCACGCACGCCCUCACCGGUAUCGCUCACCCAGCCUUCUACGGAAAUCAGAAUGUCUUCGAGGACGCCGUCGCCAUCGUUCGUGGGGCAUCCAGUGCCAAAAGCACUACCUCCAGUUCAGAAGGUCAAGUCAGCGUGGCCGCCAUGCAUGCAUUUCGCAGAUGUGGUUGUGAAGAAAAACACACUCGAUCGGUCGGUAGGAUAUGCGCAAAAGAUUAAUGAACUCUAUUUGUACGAUUCUGGACUAGGUGAUUGGAUCGUAGAGACAAGAUAUAAAGCUGCAAACCCCCCAAAGCGCACCCCUGCGAACACGAGUGCUCGUGUUCCAUCGACACAUUCUCCCCGCACCCAAACUCGUAAUAUCUCGGAGUCCUCGACUGGCUCUGAGGUUACUUUUCCUAGACGCCCAGACGCAUACCUGGCUACAGAUUUGUCGGCACCUCCCUCUGGUGACUCCAGUCCCCCCAAUGCACCUCCUUCGCUUCCAUACCCAGCGCUUGCUUCAGCGCCACGCAAUGGGCCAAAUAGGGCAUCCACUAUCAUUGCUAGCUCAUCUUCAUCCUCUGGUCGCUCACUGACUUCCCCUACUUCAUCGAACAAGUCUCCAGCAAGCUUCCUUGCGUCCUUGGGACGGAAAACAAGUCUGAAGAAGGAUAAAGGUGUGGCAUUGAUAGCUCCAGUAAUCGGGAGGGCGCUGUCUAGAAGUCCACCACGACAGGAGCCGAAUCCGCGACCGAUGACUAUUCCGAAUUCCCCAUCUGUGCCAGGGGGUCCACGCGCACCCCCUAAUCGUAUGCAAAGGUCCCAAACCAUAGUUUUAUCCCCUCAGUCCGUGCCAAAUGGCUUGGGUCACCACCGAUCAAGCACAGUUGUUAUACACCGACCGUCGCAACUCACUGGCCGCAACACAUAUUCCGACCGCGGAUCACCCACUGACUCAGACGAAUUCGCACGCCAGGUGGACAAGCUUGCUGCUCUGCUCCCGAAGGCCGAUAAAACUGUCCUUGGAGGGUAUCUCCGUAGGGCAGGCCAGGAUAUCCUUGCUAUUGGGCAAUAUCUCGAAGACGAGAAAAAUGGAACUCUACGUCAUGACUAAUCCAUCCUCUCGUCAUGUAUGAUCUGACAGUGCUCAUUUAUGCUUUGUUUGCUUUUCGCUCGCACAUUUUAUACUUCGUGCUCCGACUCGUCUAUAUGAUACAUGUAUUAUUUGUUUCUGGGACUACACUACUGCCGCAAUCGGAAUAGACUGUUACUGUGUUGAGAUUUACCUUGCAGGUCUGAAUCCAUGUUUGACGGCCUGAUUGCUACUGAACU